UUAGGUUAGACGAGAACAAAUCCGUGACCUAUCACUUCAAGAUUAUAAAAUUUCAAAUUUUAUGAAUAAAAAGUAAAAAUAAUGGACCAAAAUGAACAGCCACAACUCAGCGUUUUCAAAACAGUCCUAUCAUAUUCCCUAUUUAUAUUGGUAUCGCCAGUAUUAACUUUUUUUGUAUUCAAAUUUAUAUUCUUUGAAGGUAUUGUAGGUACAAACAGUACAAGCAGCAACGUAUGGUCGGCAGUGUUUGCAAUUAUAGUGCUGCAUAUCGCCCUUGGCAUGUACAUAAUGAGGGCUUAUUCAGAAGCUGACAAACCAACUAGAACAAAACCCAUCGACAAAGUAGACUAGUCAUGUGAUAAGAUAUGUCGAUUAGAUAUAAGGACUAAAUUAAGCAGUAGAUUUUUCUAAAUGUUCAAUAAUACAAUAGUAACUGUGAAUGGAAGGUAGUAAUGUAUGCUUUCUGGUUAAGAAAAUUAAGUUUUGACGGUUUUUAGUCUAUAAAAUAGGCCUGUAGCAAUUUGAAUAAUUCUUGAGAUUUCGCUAUUUUUGAUUUAGUUUUAAACUAAAAUCUGCGCACUAGAUCCUAGUUGUUCUCGACAGUUACCCACUUAUUUUCCCUAAACUAGGAAUAAGUAGCAAAUCUUCAAAGGGCUCAUCCGUUUAAUUGUUCUAAAAUCUUAAGAAAUCAUCACUUUAAGUUACGGGUAUUUCCGAUGCUCCAACAAUUCUUGCAGUUGGAGGGUGCAAGUCACUGCAAUACUCUGAUGGAAGUAUUCUUGUGGUUUCGUUUUGCAAAAUAAUUCCAGUUUAGAUAAUUACAAAAAUGAUAGGAUUGAUAGGUAUGAUAAUAAAUUUUUUAACUAAUCUAAAUGUAUGUUUUUCCAAUUUCUAUCCAAUGUAUCAAGCUUUUGAAUUAACGGUUGAAACUGUCCUAACAACAGCAGCAGCCUGAAGCAAACUUCCAUCCUAUCAAUAUGCAAUUUAUUGUUAUAGUGCAGGCUUCCUAUACUACUAUAGGUGUACUGUACAGGGUGAUUCAAAUUUGAGAUACAUCAUUGGGAUCUCGGAAACUGUGGAAUUUAGGAUAUUCCAAAUACUUUUGGAGACAUUCGGGAAAAACCGAAAUUUUACAAAAUUGUUUUUAUUUUUUACUGACUUUAUUUGAGGUGAUAUUCCAAAAAAAAUAUCACUUCAUCAUGGCCACUUUUUCUCCCCACAAGAUGCUACCAUUAAAUUUAAAAUCUGACAUUUUGUCUUUGGACCACCAUCAUCAACUUUUUUUUAAAUACUACCCUGGAUUUUUUAUCUCAGAUUGCGAUGGACAGUUUUUAUACAGGGUGUUUGGUUUUUUUUAUACGGCACUUAACUAAUUUUUUUUCAUUGCACCCCCCUAUAUAUUUUGAGGCUUUUGAAAAGGGUGUAAAAUUUUCUAACUUCCGAUAUAUCACUCGUUAUAUUUAUGUUACAGGGUUUCCGUUUUCUGAAAUCAACCAUUGGGAUCUCAGUAACAGUAAGAAAUGCAGGGUCGGGUAAAUUAGGGCAAAGUUGCGGAAUUUUAUGGUCAAUCCAAUGCCGUUGUGAAACUUGAUAAAUUCCAAAUACUUCCGGAGAGAUUCGGACACCCUGUAUAAUAUUUGAUAUAGCUGUAUCCAGAGCGAAAGCGAGCUGAUGAAAUGGGCCAAACAAUCCAAACAUGUUGCUAGAUUGAGGGGUGCGCAGAAAACUGCGAAAACUUCCUACCUGAUGAAAUGAUGACCUACUACUCCUACUAGCUGGAAGGAAUCAAGACAAACUGGAUUGCCUAGAAAUCCUAGAAUAAAAAAAGUAGACCUGUUAUGAUAUAGACUUAUUAUGAGAUCCAGCAGGCUGUGCAGUGAUGAUGAUGAUAUAUGACCUAAACAAAAAAAAAACAUUCUUGCACUGAUCCUCUUGUGGAAUAAUCUCCUUUGAACAAUAACCCAACCUUCUACUAUACCACCAGAAACAAUAAGGCCUUUUAAAACAUGUAUGAAGAAGCUUCUAUCUCCAUCCCGAUUAUUUUCAAUUCAUUAUUAAAAAUUGAAUAAAAACUCUAGGGCGCCUUUCCCUUUCUAGAAUUUUUAUUCAUGUUUGAUAAUGAAUUUUUCCAUUUUAACUAAUAGUUCAGUAUGUGCUUUCGAAGAAUAUGAUGCUAUGGAAGUCGCAAUAUACAGGGUGAAUCCGAAAGUGAGGCUUUUUUUAACGGGAUAUAUAUAUCUCACCAAAAUAAGUUGUUUGGCAAAAAAUUGUUUAUACAAAAAAUUUAAGGUAACGGAGUUACAGCGUUCCUAUAUGAGAACGAAGGUCCUAUCUUCGCCGCCCUACUUGCCCAUACUCAUGUUUGCAUAACACUGACAAAGACCAGGAUCAAUCGUUCUCAUGAGAACGCUGUUCCCCAGUUUCGAGAAUACUCAUUCAAUUAUAAAACAUUAUGUUAACAUUUUCUCGGAAAAAAAGCAGUUAUUUGUCCAGUAUAAUGAGUUUUUUUUCCAUAAUAGGUAAUCUACAGUUGCAUUAUUUCAUCAGAAAAAUCAAUCAAAAACUCCUUUUUCCAUUUUCAACCUAAUAAUUUUUAUAUCUUUAAAUACCUGUACAUCCGUUAUCUUAAAUUUUUUAUGCAAAAAAAUUUUUGCCAAGCAACUUAUUUCAGCGAGAUAUAUACCCUGUUAAAAAAAAAGCCUCACUUUCAGAUUGAACCUGUAGGUAUAUAGAACAUGAAAGUACGGUAUCCGCCAAAAUAAACAGUACUGAAAUCUAGAGCUCUGAGCAAUUGCGCACGCAAGUUGCAUUUACCGUAUUUCGCUUACUUGUUAUUAGUUGUCAGUUUGACUUUUUUUUUCUAAAGUUUCAAACCUCUAGUACAAUAAAUACUACCUAAUAGGUAAUAAAAAUAUUACC